GGGACUUAGUCUGAAAUAACUAUGGCUAUGGCCGUCAUAGGCACGAAGACCUUCUUCAAGGAGACUCCUCCGUGACUUUGUACAAACAAGUUUGAGCUCUGGAGUCGAAUCCUAGCUGCUGCAUUGAUUCAUCGCACUGAACGUGCGAUUUCGACUUCUCUCUAUGAAAAUUCUAUGAAAAGCAAUCGAGAUAGAAUAUCAAUCCACCAGACUUCAUAGCCCGAAACUGUAGAAAAGUGGCGGGUCUCUGAGCGAUCGGACGAGUUGAAAGAGCUUUUCCUAAGUAGAGGUUUGGGAAGAUUGCGACGCAACGGGAUUAUUCUGAUCGGAGCACGGUUGCGAACGGCGGAGCAGUGAUUUGAGGGAAUUGUCAGAGGACUUGACGUUAGGAGAUAUAUAUAUAUAUAUAUAUAUAUAUAUUGGUGUUAGCAGUUGAGCUUAGCGGUAGCAAUGGGGAACGACGGUGAGAAAAAAUUGAGGUACGAGGAUUUAUGGGAGACUCUGAACAUUGCGAGCCGCGGCGCCUUGGUAGCGGUUUCUGAAAAUGAAUUUGAAAAAUGCUUUCCGGAAUUCACGAAUGAGCAAAAAGAGAAGCUCUUCCUCAUUUACACCCGGGUAGUGGCAAAGCUUCAAGAAGAUGUGAUGUUGGAGUUCAAACCCCUAUGCGAAGCUUGGGAGCUAAAAGAGGUGCUUGAGGAAUUGGAGGAACUCAUAGAGCGUCACGAGUUAGGUGAUGUCUUAACUUCCAGGUCUGCGCCUCUUACUGAUGCCGUGCGUGCAAUGACAACCAAAAUCAAGCAAGAGGAAGUCGACAAACUUAAGCUCCUGGUUCAGCAGGAGGAAGAGCACGUUGCCCAGCUCAGACUGCAACGAGAGGCGCUGCAAGCGAAAGCCCGCGAGGAACCGACAGCUCUUGCAGCCACGCUUGGCAAGGUUCGCAGGGAACGAGUGGAAUUAAGUUUGUAGCGUAGUGGAGCCUUUGUUGAGAAGAUGGAGCGAAAUAAGAAUGUGUUGGGUAGCAGUUUAACUUGUAAGAGCUAGUGAGAACUUUGUGGACUGCCUUCGUCAUUAUGAUCUGGCUUGUUGACCUAAAUUUUUCCACGGAUGCAUUGUUUGAGUUUGUCACAAGCUUAGUGCCUUGAAUCGAGGGUUGACUUUGAAUUUCAUAGGAUGCGCCUCAUUCGGUUACAGGGCGUGGAAGAGCUAUGAUGUUGAACAAUUCCACAUAAUACUUACCUUGCAGUUA